AAAUAAUGGUUAAGAAAUCAUCGGCUAUCGGGGAAUCACUCUGGUCUGGUGUAGUCUCUCAGUCUGAAGUAGAGCAUCGCAUCGCACCACCGAUGGAAUUCGAAACCCAUUGCGACACUGAGGCUGAGGCUGAGGCUGAGGCUGAAGUACCAAAAGAGCCUCCGAAAAUCCACCGCCUGGAAGAGUCGGUGGUGAACCGAAUCGCGGCGGGAGAGGUGAUUCAGCGGCCAGUAUCGGCCGUGAAGGAACUGGUGGAGAACAGCCUCGACGCCCACUCUUCCUCCAUAAACGUCGUCGUCAAGGACGGUGGCCUCAAACUCAUCCAAGUCUCCGACGACGGCCACGGAAUCCGAUACGAUGACUUGGCGAUCCUAUGCGAAAGGCACACGACGUCAAAGCUUUCUACAUUCGAGGAUUUACAAUCGAUAAAAUCAAUGGGUUUCAGAGGAGAGGCUCUGGCUAGUAUGACUUAUGUCGCUCAUGUUACUGUCUCCACCAUUACCAAAGGUCAGCUCCAUGGUUACAGGGUAUCUUAUAGGGAUGGUGUCAUGGAGCAUGAGCCAAAGCCGUGUGCUGCCGUAAAAGGAACUCAGAUAAUGGUUGAGAAUCUAUUUUACAACAUGACUGCUCGGAGGAAGACACUACAAAAUUCUGCUAAUGAUUUUUCAAACAUUGAAGACUUGCUAAAGCGGUUUUCCAUUCAUCACAUCAAUGUGAAUUUCUCAUUACGAAAGCAUGGAGCUUCUGGAGCAGACCUUCACACAGUUGGUACAUCAUCAAGGCUUGAUGCUAUUCGAUCGGUUUAUGGGGUGUCAGUUGCUCGAACUCUUAUCAAAAUAGAAACUUCAGACAAUAAUCCAUCAAGUUCAGUUUUCAAGAUGAAUGGUUUCAUCUCUGAUUCAAAUUAUGUUGCAAAGAAGAUAACAAUGGUCCUUUUUAUCAAUGAUAGAUUGGUAGAUUGCACUGCUUUGAAGAGAGCUAUUGAAAUUGUUUAUGCUGCAACACUGCCCAAAGCAUCAAAACCCUUCAUAUAUAUGUCAAUCGUAUUGCCACCUGAGCAUGUUGAUGUGAAUGUGCACCCAACUAAGAGAGAGGUAUGCCUUUUAAAUCAAGAAGUUAUUAUUGCGAAGAUACAGUCAGUGGUUGAAUCAAAAUUGAGAAACUCCAACGAGGCACAGACAUUUCAGGAACAGAUAGUAGAACCGUCUCCAUCUGGUAAUAUUGGAAUAAUCAAGGAUUCUGGUUUCAGCUCCUUACCAUCUGGUUCAAAAUCACAAAAAGUUCCUGUGCAUAAAAUGGUUAGAACAGAUUCAUUGGAUCCUGCUGGAAGGUUGCAUCACUACUUGCAAGCUAAGCCUUGUGGACCACUUGAAAACAAUCCUAGUUUGACUGCUGUGAGGUCUUCUGUAAGACAAAGAAGGAACCAAAAGGAGACAGCAGAUCUUACCAGCAUUCAGGAGCUGAUUAAUGAAAUUGAUUGCAAUUGUCAUUCUGGUCUACUGGAUGUUGUAAGACACUGCUCGUACAUUGGAAUGGCAGAUGAUGUCUUGGCAUUGCUUCAGCAUGACACUCAUCUCUAUGUUGUAAAUGUGGUGAACUUGAGCAAAGAGCUUAUGUACCAGCAAGUUCUGCGCCGGUUUGCCCAUUUUAAUGCAAUACAAUUAAGUGAUCCGGCCCCUUUGUCUGAGUUGAUUAUGUUGGCAUUGAAAGAAGAGGAUUUGGAUCCUGAAUGCAAUGAGAAUGAUGACUUAAUAGAGAAAAUUACAGAAAUGAAUACUGAAUUGCUCAAGCAAAAGGCUGAAAUGUUGGAGGAGUAUUUUGGCAUUCAUGUUGAUGUACAUGGGAAUUUGUCUAGAAUUCCAGUCAUACUUGACCAGUACACACCUGACAUGGAUCGUGUUCCUGAAUUUGUACUUUGUUUGGGCAAUGAUGUUGACUGGGAGAAUGAAAAAAUGUGCUUUCAAGUAAUUUCAGCUGCUCUAGGAAACUUCUAUGCGAUGCAUCCUCCUAUGUUACCUAACCCAUCAGGUGAUGGUUUGCAGUACUACAAAAAGAGAAAACCUCUCAGGAAUCCUGAAGAUGAAGAAAACACCUCUAACAAUAUUGAGGAUGAUGUCACAAUUGAAGAUGAAAUGGAGCAUGAACUACUUUCAGAGGCAGAGACUGCAUGGGCCCAACGUGAAUGGUCAAUCCAGCAUGUCUUAUUUCCAUCCAUGAGACUCUUUUUCAAGCCACCUGCUUCCAUGGCUACAAAUGGAACCUUUGUGCAGGCAUGUGAGACGCACAUGACUUUAAAAGACAAACUCAAUUCCAAUAAUUUGAAGCCUGAUAGAAAGAAGAAAGAAGAGAGACUAGAGUGUUUGACCGGCAGAGCGGAGAGAGAGAGGGGGGGUAGAACCAGAACCUCAUCUGCAAAUUGAAAGUCCUACAAUUAUGGAACCAGCUGUUAAAGAUCAACACAACAACACAUAGCAGCAGUCCGCAGAUAAUUAUCAACACAGUAACAGAUUGCAGCAAAUUAAAAUACAAAUAUUAUUAGCUUAUGUAUAUAUUUAAAUUUCAAACUCUUAUGUUUAUCCAAAACUCUUCAUAUGUAUCUGUACUGGACAACUCUGUAAAUGAGUCAAUUAUAAAUUUAAGAGCCUUAACCGUUUUAUGGUAAGACAACUUGUUUUCAACAUUUAUAUCAAAAAAUAGCAAACCCAUCUAGAAUUCUAAAAAAAAAAACCAAACCCUGUUAGAGCACUAGCCAUAUUACUCUCAAGCAUUUCAAACAAUUGUAUAGCAUACUCAAAAGCAUUGCAUUUUGCAUGUGUUCACUAGAACACUGGCCACAUAAACAUCAAUUGCAAAACCAGUUUUGAAAUGGGCAUUUCACAAUCUUCAAGAAUCAUACGAAUGAUAGGACAAGUAAUUGAUGAACCUUUGCAAACAAGCUCACAUAAACCCCAACCCCAAAAAUUAAACCAAACCAAGAAAUUGCAACAGAAACUUGCCUUUAAAGGAUUGGAAAACAGAGAAUACUUGAAAAAUACUUGCAUUGGAAAGGAAAAAAAAUAAAU